UUUCUUUCUAUUGUCACACAGCAAGGAUGGUGAUUCCGUGUGCACGUCGUUCCGUGGCUUGCCUGCUCCUAGCCAUCACGGCUGUGGUAGCGGCCGCCUCGUACGACCGCGAGCGCCUGGAGAUAGCCAAGCAGAUCCUCGAGGAGGUGCCUCUCAUUGACGGACACAACGAUCUCCCAUGGAACAUCAGGAAAUUCCUUCGCAAUCAGAUCAAUGAGUUUGAGCUGAAUACCGACUUGACUGUUGUCGAACCCUGGUCCAUCUCGAAGUACUCGCACACCGACCUCCCGCGCCUGAAGCAGGGCAUGGUGGGGGCUCAGGUAAGUCACUUGUUUCACUACUAUAG